AUGUCUGCCCGCCCGCUCCCGCCCUUCCUGCCGGACAGCGUCGAGUCAUUCCGUGACCAUGCCCCGGAACACCUAGACGAUUGGUUCGAAUACUUCCGGAACGUUUAUACCUACGCCGAGAACGCCCAGAACCCCCAGCUCGAGUACACUGAGCAACAACACGAGAAGGCCCUAAAGAGGAAGGACGACGACAUCUUCGAGGCCCGCCUCGCCGAACGUCGCGCCCUCGAUGCCACCCGACCUACCGUACCUACUAUCCCGACUCCUAUGGGAACGACUCCUCCGCCUUCUUCCCGAUCUACCGAAUCAACCAGUCUUACCGAACGAUUACCCGACCCUGACAAGUUUGAGGGCGAACGGAGCGACCUACGCCGUUUCGUCUCCCAGAUACACUCAAAACUAAAAGCUAACCACGACCGAUUCCCGACACGCCUCGCCCGAAUGUCCUAUGUAACUGGCCGUCUUAAGGGACGCGCCUAUGCACAAGUCCUACCGCACAUUAAAGCUGGUGAAUGCCAACUCCCCGACUACCAGGAUAUUAUCGAUCUACUAGAACGCGCUUUUGGAGACCCGAACCGGAUCAAUAAUGCCCGCGCCGAAUUAUUCCGCCUUCGCCAGACUCACAAGGAUUUCAGCACCUUCUUCGCCGAGUUCCAACGCCUCGCGCUGGAAGGAGAAAUGUCAGAAGAGGCCCUCCCUACCCUCCACCUUCCUACAAGAAUUGGAAAACCGACGACGCCGCUUCGCAGCGGAGCCACAGCCUGCGUCACGAAAGACGAAUAUGCCGCUGAAGGAGUACCCCCAGACACUCCGAAAGAAGUCCCCAUCGCCUCGUAG